AUGCAGCAGGAGAAACACGUGCUGCAGCGACGUCUGGAGGUGCGGGACCUCGAGGCAAGUCAGCGGGAAGCAGAACUGCAGGCUGACAUCACAGCGUUGCGUGCGCAGUUGGAACAAAAACACUUUCAGAGUCGUGACCGGCGUCGUGAAGAAAGUGAGCAGCUGACUCAGCUAUCCAACCACAACCAAAAACUUGUGGAACAGCUGGCAGAGGCAGUGGCUUUAGAGCAUACUUUGCGUACUGAGCUUCGUUCUUUGAGAGAAGAAAUGGAGGAUACAAGUUUUAGAAAAUCCAUAAGCUCUGCUAGACUGGACAGUCUGCAAUCAGAGAACAGUGUUUUGAAAGAGCGCUGUACUCAUAUGGAUGAACGACUGAAGUCAACUCAAGAAGACAACCACCGGCUGAGAUCUGAGAGGGAUGGAUUGAGAGAGAGGGUGAUUGAGCUACAGACCAGUCUGAAAGAUAAAGAAACGGAGCUGGAACAGGAGCACAGCACAGUGUUUCAGCUGCGCACAGUCAACCGUACCCUACAGCAAAGGGUUGAAGCCUUGGGAGAAGAGGCCAAUCUGGGGGAGACUACCUGUUUCCCUUUGUCACUUCAGAGUGAGAUCCAACAGUCCCAGGUAGCGCUCAACCCCUGUUUAGUAAAAAGAUAGGUGUGCAUGCUUCAACUUGGCUUGUAGCAAAUGUUUACAGCACUGCAAGCAAUGUACACUCACUGGCCA